AUGCUUGCUUCAAUAGUCGCAGCGCUAUGCGCCGUUCCCUUGCUCGCCUUGGGACAGGACACCAAGCCCGUGUAUGCCCAUUUUAUGGUUGGCAUUGUGGAAAACUACACCACAGAAGACUGGAAGACGGACAUGACGCAAGCCAAGGACAUUGGCAUCGAUGGCUUCGCACUCAACUGCGCGCCACCCCGUGUCGACAGCUACACCCCCAAGCAGCUUGCCAAUGCGUACGAAGCAGCGGCAGCAGUUGGUUUCAGCGUCUUCAUCUCCUUUGACUUUGCGUACUGGUCCACGGGCGAUACUGCUGAAAUCACCAGCAUCGUGGGCAACUACAGCGAUCACCCCGGCCAGGCCAAGUACAAUGGCGGAGCGCUCGUGAGCACCUUUGUAGGCGACAGCAUGGAUUGGAAUGCCGUCAAGAAUGGGCUGGGCGGUAAGAAAAUUACAGUUAUUCCCAUGGUGCAGGAUCCGAAUUCCCUGUCGCACAUUACGAAUGGCAUUGACGGUGCGUUCUCUUGGUACGCCUGGCCGACGGAUGGGGGGAACAGUGUUAUCAAGGGGCCCAUGACAACAUUUUGGGAUGACAAGUUCCUUCAGAAUCUCGGAGAUAAGCCGUACAUGGCGCCCGUCUCGCCUUGGUUCUUCACCCACUUCAACACCAAGAACUGGGUGUUUAUCUGUGAGGAGCAGCCCAGUCUUCGAUGGCAGCAGAUGCUUGAAAUGAAGCCGGCGCUCGUUGAAAUCAUUACCUGGAACGAUUUUGGCGAAAGCCACUACAUCUCCGACGAUGAGCCUCACCACAGCGACGACGGCUCCUCCCAAUGGGCAAACGGAUUCCCCCACGGCGGCUGGCGCAAACUCAUGAAGCCCUACAUCGCCGCCUACAAGACCGGCGCAUCAGAGCCCAAAGUCGACGCAGACGAGCUCGUCUACUGGUACCGCCCAACACCAAAGGACACUGCCUGCAGCGCCGACAACGUCGGCGACUCCAGAGGAAAGGAGCUGCUGGAGGACUUGGUCUUUGUGAGCACCCUGUUGACCGCGCCGGGUGAACUUACCGUGAAGAGCGGCUCUCAGCAGGCGGUUACGGUACAGGCACCGGCUGGCAUCCACACGUUCAACUUUACCAUGGGUGUUGGGUCGCAGGACUUUUCGGUUUCAAGAGGCGGAAGUAAGGUUAUUGGGGGGACUAGUCCCAAGGAUAUUAGCAGUUCGUGCACUACUUUCAACUACAAUGCGUAUGUUGGGUCUUUUUAA